GUCCGCUGAGAGUUAGGAUUCCAUUUUGUUUUUCUAUAUUUACGCAGUAAACAUGAAUAAAAUUUAUGAUAUUAUGAAUAUCUUUGUUUAGCAUUGAAGUCUCAAAUCUAAUUAGAAAAUAUAUAUUAACACAAAAAUGGCUUUUUAAGUAGUUGUUUCACAUUGUUGACUAUUUAUUUUUUUCUUGAAUAUCUUUUGAGAGACUUUAUUUAUUUAAUUUCAGUUAUUCGUGAGUUCUAAAUUCCCUUGUAUAAAUAAAUGUUUUUUAUUCAAAACUUGCAUCUCAUUUUUUAAAUCACGCCCCUCUCGUUUUAAUUUAUUCCACCUCGUAUAGUGUCAAAACGUCAAAAGCUAACCGGUGUCUUUUUUAUCGGCCGAAUUUUCACGCAACUGUCCUCCAGAUGACAUUGACAAUUAUUAAGAAUAUUUUGAAGCCAGGGGUGGUAAAGAGCGCACUUUCUUCGAAAAAAAUGGCUUUGAAUAAACUUUCUAUUGAUGCACUAGACCUUGCAAACAAAAGGGUAUUAAUGAGAGUGGAUUUUAAUGUUCCAUUGAAAGAAGGUGUUAUUACCAACAAUCAAAGAAUAGUAGCAGCUUUGGAUACUAUUAAAUAUGCUCUGGAUAAAAACGCAAAGAGUAUUGUACUUAUGUCCCAUUUGGGACGACCGGACGGUACCCCAAAUCCAAAAUACACUAUGAAACCAGUAGCAGGUGAAUUAGAGAAAUUAUUGAGCAGACCCAUUCAGUUCCUUCCUGAUUGCGUAGGUCCUGAAAUCGAAAAGGAAUGCGCCGAUCCCAAACCAGGGACUGUUAUUUUGUUAGAGAAUCUUCGAUAUCACAUCGAAGAAGAAGGUAAAGGUGUCGAUGGUAGUGGUAACAAGGUUAAAGCCGAUCCAGCCAAAGUUAAAGAAUUCCGUACAAGCUUGAGAAAAUUGGGGGAUCUUUAUGUUAAUGAUGCAUUUGGUACAGCUCAUCGCGCACAUUCCUCCAUGAUGGGUGAGGGCUUCGACAAAAGGGCUUCAGGGUUUUUACUCAAGAAGGAACUUCAAUAUUUUGCUAAAGCUUUGGACAACCCAGAAAGACCGUUUUUGGCGAUAUUGGGCGGCGCCAAAGUGGCAGAUAAGAUCCAAUUAAUCGAAAAUUUAUUGGAUAAAGUGAACGAAAUGAUCAUCGGGGGCGGUAUGGCGUACACUUUUCUGAAAGAGAGCAAAGGAAUGAAGAUUGGCGAUUCUCUUUACGACAAAGAAGGGGCUAAAAUCGUCAAUAAACUAUUGGAGAAAGCUAAAGCUAAUAACGUCCAGAUUCAUCUACCUGUCGAUUUCAUACUUGCCGAUGGAUUUUCCGAAAACGCCAAGACGUGCUCUGCCACCCAAGAAGAAGGAAUUCUCGAUGGUUGGAUGGGACUCGAUAUCGGUCCUAAAACCAUCGAAAAAUUCAAAGAACCCAUAAGACGCGCCAAAGUUAUCGUCUGGAAUGGACCAGCCGGCGUAUUCGAAUGGGAAAAAUUUGCUAACGGUACCAAAGCUAUUAUGGAUGAAGUUGUAGCCGCUACUGGAAAAGGAGCGAUUACCAUCAUUGGUGGAGGUGAUACUGCAACUUGUGCUGCAAAGUGGAAAACUGAAGAUAAAGUAUCUCACGUGUCCACCGGGGGCGGCGCUAGUCUCGAAUUGUUGGAGGGAAAAGUCCUGCCAGGUGUCGCCGCUCUAUCCGAUGCUUAAAUUAUAAACCUUCCCCCCUAGAAUAUUCUAGAACAUAUUUAUAUUGGUUAUUACGAUACGUGAUUCAAAAUUUAAAGUGAAACGUCGAAUGUAUUUUCAUUUCUGUUUAUUAUUAUGUGUUUAGCAAAUAAAUUAUUUAAAAUA